AAAUAAAAUAUCGAUACAUCGUUGUGUUUCUUAUAUCGCUGCGGGUAUCAACUUUUAAGAAAUGUAAAAAUGUAAAUUGCAACAUAUAAAAAUAACUGUAAAUAGCCAAAAGCAACGUGCACAAUACAAAUUCAAUGUGAAUAGUGUGCGCGCAAAGCAAUCGCAAACGCAACAACAAUCAAAACAACAACAACAACAACAAUAGCAACGACAACAGACUUCGUAGUUGUCGUAGCCCAAUUGCAAUUGCAACAAUUCGAUGAACAACUUCACAUUCAUAUCCAACAAACAGAAAAAGGAAACCAAUAGAAGCAGAAGAAGAAGAGUGCAUUUGUUUUGUCGUGUUGUUGUGGUGCAGAAUGGAACAGGAUUCCUCAACUGAGCUGCAUCUGAGCAGAAUACGUGAAGUGAAAGAUUUGGCCGCAUUAACCGACGACGUGCGCGAUGUUGUGAAAGAAGAGGUCACAUUAGAGAAUCACCAUCAUCAUCAGUUGGAUACGAAAGUUCGCAUGGUCACAUCCUCCUCAAACGACAACAGCGGCAGCGGCGGCGGCAACAACGGCGGUGCAAGCGGCGGCGGCGGUGUUGUGUCAGUACCCGUAUCAUUGCCAAUCGGUUCAAUGAUAACUGGGACAGCCUAUAAUGUGAUUACGCCCGAUCAGCUGCCGCACUUUAAACCGGUGUUGUGCGUCGACAACAAUGGUUACCUGUCCGGCAGCACGGUCAGCAUGGGCGCUGACCUAAAAACGAUUGUCAUACAGCAACAGCAGCAGCAAACGCAGACGAGCGUUAAUAGCAACGCCGGCAACACAAACACCACCGCCACAAAUACCAUUGGACUGAAUCACGAUGGCUCUGGUAGCAAUAAUAGCCAUGACAGCAUGGGUACACUGGAUCAUGCUGCUGGCGGCGGCGGCGCAGGCAACACAAGUGGCUCCACCGGCUGGGCGGAAACAACAUCCAGUACACAGCACAUGGAGGUCUUCCCGAUACGCUGUAAAACCACUUCCGCCGAACUAUAUCGCAGCAAGCUGGGCUCUGGAGGACGAGGGCGCUGUGUCAAAUAUAAAGACAAAUGGCAUACGCCCAGUGAAUUUGAGCACGUGUGUGGUCGUGGCUCGAGCAAAGAUUGGAAACGCUCUAUCAAAUAUAGUGGUAAAUCGUUGCAGUCCCUCAUUGAUGAGGGCACGCUAACGCCACAUGCAACCAACUGCAGUUGCACAGUCUGCUGUGACGACGAAGCAGGUGAGUCAGCUUCUGGUCCUGUACGUCUAUUCACACCGUAUAAGCGACGAAAGCGAAAUCAAACCGAAUUAGAUGUGGAACCAGGGCCCAAACGUAAACGCAAUACACAUAGCAACAAUAAUAAUAACAACAAUAGCAACACUAACAACAACAAUACAAGUGGUAGCAGCAUCAACAACAACAUCAACAACAAUAUGGACCCAACGCAAACGACCGCCACCAGUGUUGUGGAUGAUAACAAUAUGUUUUUAGCGGAAGAUAACAUAACGUCCAAGGAUGAACCGUGGGCGACGCUCAAUGACAGUUUAGACACCUCCACCGAGCUGGUUGACCAAACGCAAAUGGGCAAUCCGUAUGAGCGCGAUACGUUUGUGGUAAACAUCAACGAUACGGGCUCCAUUGCCGUACUGGAUGGUAGUCAAUCGAUGAAGAACAUCGAGCACGUCUACUGCACCAUGGUAAAGGCAACUAACGAUUUCAAACGCCUGCUCAACGACAUUAAGCAAAACUACGAGCGACGCAUCGAGGUUCUGCAAAAGGAACGCGAUGCAGCGGUCUCUGCGAUGCGUGUCCAGGUGCACACAGACAUCGAUGAUCCCAACAUAUCGGGCUCAUUACACGGCAACGAGAUCAUAUCGGCCAAGAAGUGCGCCAACUGCAAUCGGGAAGCGCUGGCCGAGUGCUCGCUGUGUCGAAAGACGCCGUAUUGUUCGGAAUUUUGCCAGCGUAAGGAUUGGAAUGCUCAUCAGGUGGAAUGCGCAAGGAAUCCACAAACGACAACGCAACAGGUCAUGUUAUUGAUCGAUGAUCAGUCCUAAGCAACGUAACGAAUUGUACAUACAAAUUUUACUACUAAUUAAUAUAUGAUUAUGCAAGGCUCCUAUCCCAAUCAGAUAAACUAAUUCCUUGUCCAACCAGUACACGAGACCCCUCUCCCAAUAUCCUUAGCAAGCCCUCCCAUUAGACUUAUGUCCUAUUAUAAUGUAAUUCUUAAAAGUAUAUAUAACUAUAUAAAUAUAUAUAUGUAUAUAUAUUUAU